UCUACAAGUCAGCAAAGCAGAUAAAAACGGCAUGCUGACAGAAUGAUUGAGAACUUGAACAUAACGGUGAAUGGAAUUCAGCCACAAAACUGCUACAGUGAUCUAAGAGCAGCAAAAAUCGGGAAAACCUUUGUCUGCUGCCUGUUCCUUCUAGUUUCCCUUGCCGGAAAUACCUUAAUCGCAAUAAUUAUCUACAAGACGAAAACAAUGCGAACAACAACCAACUACUUUAUCCUAAACUUGGCCAUGUCUGAUCUUCUGUUGCCAAUCUUAGUUUUUCCGUUGAAUCUCACAGAGAUGCACGGUGGGUUCUGGUUUUUCAGUAGUGAACAAGGCCAGGCUUUCUGUAAGAUGAUGUUGUUCAUAUAUUGUUUCUCUUCCAUCGUGUCUAUUGAAAACCUGGUCCUGAUUACAGUGGAUCGAUUUAGAGCUGUGGUUUUUCCUCUUCGUCCUCCGCUCAUCGGUUCAAAGCUGUCUCUCUUCUUCAUCCUCAGUACUCGGGUAGCCGCAAUGGCAUUGUCGUCCCCAUCUUUCUACGGCGUCAAGUCUGUUGAAUACACAGGAAAAUUUCAGAACUGUGAAAGAUUAUGGAGAAAAACCCUUAUUGCACAUAAUUAUCUUCAUGCUAUACCUUUUAUUUUCCUGGCGAUCGCAUUCACCUUAAUAGUUUUUCUUUACUCUAUAAUCCUGUUCAAGCUCAAGUUGCAGAAAACUCCAGGCGAACAAACGGUCAACGCUGUGAAACAACGCGAGAAAAGGGAAAGAAAUGUGCUGAGGAUGGCGGUAGCUAUUUUGACAGGGUUUGUCUUAUGCUGGGCGCCUUCGAAUAUUAAUGCCUUUCUGACUGUUUUUAUAUCGGAUAACACCAAAAUGUUGUCCUGUGAGAUUGUGACCUACUGGGCUAUAGCCAUUUUCAUGGCUUACGCAAACUGUGCCGUAAAUCCUUGAAUCUGUUUUGCAUUCAGUCGAAAAUAUCGCCAAGGUCUGAAAGCUCUCCUUGGAUGCCACUGAACAUUUUGAAGGCAAAAUCUACCUUGUUCGAAAUAAUUAUCGAGCGACGAAAAUGCGAAGAAUGAUCCUGUAC